AUGUCCAACGCAGAAUUUUCAGAGUUCUUCCUCGCGCACGGCAUCGACUUUGAGAGAAACCCAAGGAGCCCGCUCGAAGUCGAAUUCCGGCGACUCGCACACAAACGCGGCUGGACGGAGAAGAACGGCCUGUUCAAAAAGCACUGGCAUGAAUGUUUAGUGUCGGAGCUGCGUUUCCGUUUUCGGGAUGUGCUACGUUGCAAAACGAAGCACGAAGCGCUGAAAGCUCUCUGCGACAUGAUUGUCGACGAACAAGAGACUGAGGAAAUAACGAGGUACAUGCAUCCUAUCAACAAAACUGAGUUUUUGAAACGUAUGGAUACGAGCUCAACCAAGGCAUGCAUCAAGAUACUUCGUCGCUAUGGGAUAAUCAAUUUGAUUGAGUGGAUAGAUUCUCAACGAGAGCAGACCUACCCUGUACGGUUUCCAUCCACAAGGCAAUAUGGAAAAUACACGGGGCACACUAAAAAUUUCGUGCCCUCAAGUGUGAUUAGGCAGGUGCCAAUCCUGAAAGUUUUGUUAAGAUGA